UAGGUCGUUUGCCUCUGUUUUGUUUUGUUCAUUUAAUAAUUUGGUGGACAAAUAGAAAAAGUCAAGAAAAUAUAAUAUGAUUUAAGAAUUAAUGGAAGAACCUUGACUAGAUUUCAGCUAUAUAUUCUCAACCAGAGAAAGCCAUACUAUGAAAAAAAUACUUCCAGAAAGCAUUUUACAUAAAAGUUCUAUUAGUUUCCAUGGGAAAUUGCUGUAGAAGACCUCCUGCAAGAUGUGCUCAUGUAGCUUCUCCAGAUUCUCAAAAUUCGCAUCCCCUGAAGGAGAUGUUUCCCGUCCAUGAAACAUCAAGCCCCCAAUCAGGCAAAACUUCUUUGACAACAACAAAAACCAAUGAGUUAGCAUCAGGAGGUCUAAAGUCCUACAUCUUCAAUGAUCUAAGAUCUGUAACCGGAAACUUCAAAACAAGCAAUCUUAUUGGUGAAGGAGGAUUCGGGCAAGUCUUCAAAGGAUGGAUUGAUGAGAACACCUUAGCCACGUCAAGACAAGGAGUUGGCAUGGUUGUAGCUAUCAAAAAACUUGACCCAGAAAGCUUCCAAGGCCACAAGGAAUGGCUUGCGGAAGUUAACUACUUAGGGCACCUUAACCAUGAGAAUCUUGUGAAACUGGUCGGAUAUUGCUCAGAGUCCAAAAACAGACUUCUAGUCUAUGAAUAUAUGCCAAGAGGAAGCUUAGAAAAUCAUCUGUUUAGAAAAUCUGUUCAACCUAUAUCUUGGGCCAAAAGGAUGAAUAUUGCUAUUGGUAUUGCUCGGGGUUUAUCCUUCUUACAUUCAUUACAAAAUCAAGUAAUCUAUCGUGAUCUCAAGUCUUCCAACAUUCUCCUAGACGCGGAUUUCAACGCCAAACUUUCAGAUUUUGGUUUCGCAAGAGAUGGUCCCAUUGGAGACAAAACUCAUGUUUCAACCAGAGUUCUGGGAACUGGUGGCUAUGCUGCCCCAGAAUAUAUUGCAACAGGUCACUUAUCAACGAAGAGUGAUGUAUACAGCUUUGGAGUGGUUCUGUUAGAGCUAUUAUCUGGAAGGCGCGCAUUGAAUGAAAGGGUCGGCGAAUCAAACCUUGUGGAUUGGUCCAGACCAUUUAUAAGUGAUAAGAAGAGAGUACUAAGGAUCAUGGACACGAGGUUGUGUGGUCAGUAUUUAAAGAAAGAAGCUCAGACAGCUGCAGACCUAGCUGUUAACUGCCUCAACCUAGAUGCAAGAAACAGGCCCUCCAUGACCGAAGUUUUCACUACAUUAGAACAAUUUCGCACACCAAACGACUCUCUAAGAACUCCAAGCAGGGAACCUGGAAGAUCAUGGAAUAAAUCCCCUCCUAGUUCCAGUUAUAAAACAACUCCCAACACAAACACAAUCUGAACUUAAAAUGUGAUGCCCUAAACUUAUCUGAUAGUUCGCUAAAGUUAUACAACACCGGUAAGUACAAACAACGAAAAACAGAGAUACAAGUCCACCGCUCAUAUCUGAGCUAAUGCAUUGGUAGUAUAGCACCAAUUUUUUUUGUAAAGGAUGCACAUUCUUACCAUUUAACUAUCAGGUAUCUGUAUCUUUUUGAGUA